AUAAGUCAACAACAGCACCAACAUCCCUAAAUGAAAUACACGUAAACCUUUCGCCAAAUCACCGAAGCAACAUAAUAUGCUAUUUAAAAUAUGUUUUGUGCUGCCACUCAUAUCGAUUGCAAUUGCACUUGAUGAACCACAAAAGAUCAAAGAUAAAUCCACUAAAUUACCACCUUGCAAAGCUUGCACAGUACUCGUGGAAUCAUUUAACUUGGGCUUGGAGCGCACAAAACGAGGCAAACAUGCCGGCGGAGAUGCAGCCUGGGAGCAGGAGAAAAUGCGUGUCUAUAAGAAUAGUGAAGUGCGUUUAGUUGAGAUCCAAGAGCAAUUGUGCAACGAGGUUAAACGAGGACAGGAUCACUGCCAUAUGUUAAGCAACGACCACGAGUCACUGAUUGAAGAAUGGUUUACAAGCAAGCAAGAUGAGGAGCCCGAUUUACAUGCUUGGCUUUGCAUAAACCAGCUGAACGUUUGUUGCCCAAGCAAUACGUUUGGACCCACCUGCCAGCCGUGCACAGAUUGCAAUAAUAAUGGCAAGUGCAAGGGCAAUGGCACACGUAAAGGCAAUGGACAAUGCCUGUGUGACAGUGGUUAUGCGGGCAUCAAUUGCAACGACUGCGAUGAGAACAAUUAUGAAUCUUUUCGGGAUGCCACAAAGCUACUAUGCACCCCAUGUCAUGCUGCUUGCGGUGAUGGCGGGUGCAAUGGAGCUGGUCCCAAAAGUUGUCGCAAAUGCAAAGAUGGUUGGCGCAUGGACACCGAAACCGGUUGCGUGGACAUCAACGAAUGUGUGGAUCAGCAUCGAGCUUGUCGACCACAGCAGUUCUGCGUUAACAACGAAGGCUCAUUUUCUUGCCUGGAAUGCGAUCGUUCCUGUGAUGGUUGCGAUGGCGAUGGCCCGGAUAUGUGCAAGAAAUGUGCCGAUGGCUAUCAGCUUAAGGAUGGCAAAUGUCAAGAUCUAUCCUCGCAGCAACGUGAUUCAUAUGUGAACAUAACACGACUUCUCACCUACUUCGGCAUGUGCGUGGCCACCUGUGUCAUCUUCCAGAGCUCGACACAUAUUGCGUAUAUCGUUGGUGGUGCGGUGGCCAUCUAUAUAGCUGCCUCCGAAUAUUGGUUGAAUUGGACAGCACAGAGCGGCGCUCAAAAGCCAGAAAUUGAUACACAGCAGCUAGAGGCCUUGAUCAUGAAGUCAUUAUAAGGCAAAAAAAAAAAAAGAAAACCAAAAAUGAAAAGACAUUUGUAAUGUUUGCUGAUCUAUACGUUAAUUUUAUUCUAUGAAUAAUUCGUACAUAAGCAUUUGUCUGCAGUGUUUAAAUUAUGUUAUGUUUUUCUAUAUUUUGUUUGCAGUAGAGUUGAAAGCGGAAAUCGAUUCCCAACCGGAGGUGGUGGCUUCAAUGCGAGAGGAACUGUAAUACGCACAGGUCACAGC